AGGUCCCAGCAGGACCCGGCCUCCCCGCAGGCUCCGUCCCGAGCCCCCUGCCGAAGUGCCGGCGGGCCAUGCGGAUCUCCCCGGUUGCAGGUCGCAGCGCCGCGCCGCAGCACUGAAGGCGGAGACGCCGAGCAGAGUCACCGGUGAGGGGAGAGGCAGCAGCAGCAGCAGCAGCAGCAGAGUUCCCGGAGGAGAGGAGGAGAGAGGAGCAGCAUGUCCCGGAGGAAGCAGAGCAAACCCCGGCAGAUCAAACGUUCCCUCGGGGAUGUUGACGGCAGCGAGGAGAACGCCGCUGAUACGCUGAGCCUGUCGGGGGAGGAGGGCGGGGCCUCGGACCCGGAUGAUUCCGCCGAAGGGGACGGCUCCAGCCCGCCGCCGUACACGCCCCUCUACAGCGAAGAGCCCGUGACCCAGGACUCCGGAGGAGGGGCCGAGGACGAAGAUGGCGAUGGGAAGGAGCAAGGUCCUGCGCCCAGCGGUGGAGAGGAGGAAGAGGAAGGAGGGGAAGAGGAGCGUCUACCAUGGAGAAGUCCAGAUGACCUGGAGAUCAGUGACAGCGGUGGGGACUGCAGUGUGCUGGCGGUCCGGGACCUCCAUCCUGACACGGUGUGGGGGCCGUACCCAGGAGGCCUCCAAUCAGAAAGCAGCGCAGACGACCAGGAGACAGAGAGCGCGGCGUUGACCCUGGCGUGUGAAGCUCCAGGGUGUUGGAUCAGUCGCCUCCCUCUGACCCGCGAGGCCUCAGCCGCCAACUGCACCAUCUACAGCCAAGGUGAGCAGUUGUUCUGUAAGGUGACCAGGGAGACGGCAGCCGGCCACACGCUGCUGGCGUUCCUGUCCCCUCUUCCUCCUCCCUCGUCUUCGGGGGCCCAGCUGUCUCCCCCGCUCAGCCUGGUCACCCAGAAACAGCCGCUGGUGAAGGAGGAGCCGCUGUACCCGGCGGCGCUGCACUCGGAAAUCCAGCUGCUCCCACAGCAGGCCGGCAUGGCCGCCAUCCUGGCUACGGCCGUCGUCAACAAGGACAUCUUCCCGUGCAAGGACUGUGGCAUCUGGUUCCGCAGCGAGAGGAACCUGCAGGCCCACCUCAUGUACUACUGCGCCAGCCGCCAGAAGCAGCCGGCCGCGGCCUCCUCCCCCCCGCAGGACAAGCCCAAGGACUCCUACCCCAACGAGCGCAUCUGCCCCUUCCCGCAGUGCAACAAGAGCUGCCCCAGCGCCAGCUCCCUGGAGAUCCACAUGCGCACACACAGCGGUGAACGUCCGUUCGUCUGUCUCAUCUGUCUGUCGGCCUUCACCACUAAAGCAAACUGUGAGCGGCACCUCAAGGUCCACACGGACACCCUGAACGGCGUGUGUCACGGCUGCGGCUUCGUCUCCACCACCAGGGACAUCCUCUACAGUCACCUGGUCACCAGCCACAUGGUGUGCCAGCCCGGAUCCCGCAGCGAGGUGUACUCCCCGGGGCCGGGCCUCCCCAAGCUGCCCCUGACCACCGGUCUCAGUCCGGGGGAUUCUGGAGUGGUGCUGAAGUGUCAGGUGUGCGGCCACAGCGCCGACUCCCCCGCCCAGCUGCAGCAGCAUGUGCGGACCCACCUGGAGGUCCGGGUCCCGGCUGAGAGGAGCCCCACCCCGCGCCAGGGAACCCCGUCGUCGCUGGACCCCCCUCAGAUGUCUCCGAAGGAGAGGGAGCCUCAGCUCUGUGUUCCUAAAGCCGACUCCUCCAGCCCUGGGGCCAACGGGGGCUCGGCCACGCCUCGCACCUGCAGUCCUCCCGACGCCCCAAUCACAACCCUGAAAAUUAAAGAGGAGCCCCAGUCCGAGUCUGAGAUGGAGGAGCAGCCGAUGGAGGUGAAGGAGAACGGAGAGAGGAAGCCGGGUGGGGGAGAGGUGGAGGACCAGGAGGCAGCGAGGAGGACCAGCGACGGGCAGACGGCCACCUCCUCCUGCCAGAGUCCAGCCAGCACCACUGUGAAGGCGGAGCCCACCAGCCCCACCCCCGGCUCCAGCCCCGCCCAUGUGGGCGGAGCCGGCUCAGCGGUUCCAGGCGGAGCCAUGUUCUUACCUCAGUACAUGUUCAACCCCGAGGCAGCCAUCCUGCCUCAAGCCUCCGAGAUCCUGGCCAAGAUGUCGGAGAUGGUCCACAGUCGUCUGAAACAGGGCCAGACGGUCGUCCAGAGCAACCCGGCCGCCCUGUUCCCCACCGGACCCACCGCGGCUGCCGCCACCACCGCCGCCGGCGCCACGCCGCCUCACAAGGGAGCCACCUGCUUCGAGUGCGACAUCACCUUCAACAACAUCAACAACUUCUAUGCACAUAAGAGGCUUUACUGCUCCAGCAGGCACCACGGGGAGGGGGCCGGCUCGGCCCCGGGACCCGGAGCCACGGGCCCGGCUCAGGCCCCGGCACGCUCCUCUCCUCAGGCCGGGGGGGCCAGCAGAGCAGCCUCCGCCUCCCCUCCCGACUCGGACCCUCCUGCAGGAGGAGGAGUAGCAGAGGCCAAGAACCCGGUGGAGGUGAAGACAGAGACCCCGGCGGGGAAGGAGGGAGUGUCCUCCUCCUCCGAGGGGGAGGGCGGGGGAGGUGGAGGAGGAGGGAGAGCCAGCGAAGGCAGCCAGAGUCCCGCAAGCGGUUCUGCAGAGGACCUGGAGGACGACCCCAACAAGACCUUCUGUGAGGCCUGCAACAUCCGCUUCAGUCGCCAUGACAACUACAUUGUUCACAAACGGUUCUACUGUGCGUCUCGCCACGACCCGACUAACCACCGGUCCUUGCACAUGGUCAAGUCCAGCAACCCCGGAGCCUUCGUCCACCAGCCCAUCCGCACGCGCAAGAGGAAGAAGAUGUAUGAGAUCCACAUGGCCAGAACGGAGGCGCUGGCUAACGCCGCCGCCGCCGCGGCAGCAGCCGCCGCUGCCACCGCCGCGGCCUCUGCUCCGUCUCCCUCCGUUCUGGGACUAGUGAAGCAGGAAGUUUCCCCCGGCGCCGCGGGCAGCUCCAGCCCCGAAGGAGACGGCCCCAUGGACCUGAGCAAGAGGCCCCGGCUGGGCGAGGCGGCGCGGCGCGGCAGCGGCAGCGUCCUCCCCGCUCUGCCGCUCAGCGACUACCACAAGUGCACGGCCUGCAGCAUCAGCUUCAACAGCAUCGAGAACUACCUGGCUCACAAAACCUACUACUGCCCGGCCACCACCCUGCAGCCGCACACCCUGGAGCAGCUCAGCAGGCUCAAGAGGUCCGCCUCCACCUCCCCGAAGAGCAGGCCGGAGCUGCUGCACCCGGGGGAGGCCAAGGUCCUGCCGGCGGAGUGGGUGGCCCAGGCUCAGGGGGCUCAGGGGGCUCAGGGGGCUCAGGGCGGCUCCUCCAGCCCCAAGCCCUCCGCCCUACCUGCUGCGGAGGCCAACUCCCCGUCACACACGAGCAGCAGCCUCUCGGCCGCCCCGGGAGGCGCCGGCGCUGCCUCCUCCUUGGCGGUCUGCCCCUACUGCCCCAACAGACCCAUCACCUGCGACCUGGUGGAGCACUUCAAGACCAGCCACAGCCUGCUGGUGACCAUCCAGCCGCCCAAGGACGGGCCGCCCCAGCCCGGCGGCGCGGGGGGGGCGGGGGGGACACCCAGCAGCAGCCCCAGCCUCAGCCCCAGAGACGGGGCGGCCCCAGCCGCCUCCGGCACCCCCGCCGGCCAGGCCAGAGCGCUCUCCAGAGUCCACAGAGACAGCCUGAACGGCCAGACCCGCAGCAUGACGGCGUCCCCCGUGUCCCCGCUGGUGAACGGCAGCCCGUCGGCCGGGGGGGGGUCCCCUCCGGCCGGCUCCCCCCUGUCCGUGUCUCCUCCCCGGGCUCCCUCUCUGACUGCGUCCCCUGUGCCUGAGGUCCUGAGGGAGAAGGCCGCCCCCCACCACGUCCCCUCCCCCCAGACGGCCCCCCUACCCGGCCCCAAAACCCCCGUCAUCUCCCCGCUCCAGAACGGUAACUCCCGCUUCUGCCGGCUCUGCAACAUCAAGUUCAGCAGUCUGUCCACUUUUAUAGCUCACAAGAAAUACUACUGCUCCUCCCACAGCGCUGAACACGUGAAAUGAGCCCCCCCCACCCCGUCUUCUGUCUCUCCAAGUGGAAGUUCUCUUCACUAAGUCCAAAAAAAGCUCAGAUGGUCCUCCUCCUCUGCCAACCGUCCCUCAUGGACCAUGACUGACAGUGAAUGACUGUUACUCGCCCGGCAGGGCCUGGCCGGGCCUGCAGGGGGCGCCACUAACUCACAGCAGCCGAUUCUCCUCCCAUGGGUCAAAGUUUGUCGUACACUAAGAGCUGAGACGGACCCUCUGGUCUCCGUAGUGCUCUAGCGCCCGCGGCGCAGCGCGGGACGCUAAAAACAGCCUCCUCGUCUCUGCUGACUUCUCAAUGGCAGUCAUUAGAUUCAGCCUCGUGAUGAAUCUCCAAUCAUUUUUCUGAACUCUCGCCGUUUUUUCGCACCUGAACUGGAGGAAUGGUUUCCUCCGGCACGGACAAAGACUUGAUCGUUGUUGAUGUUUUUAUUAUUUGUGCAUAAUGUAUGAUGUCUGAAGAGAAGAAUCGCUUAACGCUUUGGUUCCAACACUGGCUCUUGUUUCGUUGACAAGUAGAGAGGCUUUUUAGCUGAAAAAAAAACGGAUAUGCGGUAUCACAAUGUUACUAAUUACUGAAGGAUAUUUCAAAAUGGACACUUUUUCCUUUUCUUUCAUAUAAAGAAAUUCUUAUUUUCUCUUUAAAGAGCAGGGGAGAAAAAAAAUGUGAAAUAUUUAUCUUUUAGUCCUCACUGAUUUCAUGUCAACAGCAACAAAAAGAAAGAAAAAAAAACUACCUACCUAGUGUCUGAGAGUAUUUGUAUUUUUUAUUUGUAUAUUUUUCAUACUGUUGGAAGGAAGUGUUUGGAUGGGGGUGUGUCGAAGUGACUUUUCUAAGUGUAGGUGUGUAAAAUCCUCUCACGGUAAUCACUGGGAUCACACUGAGCCUGGUCGUCAUGACGUCCGGAAGCCAACGCAGUUUUAUUUCUGUCGUGGUCUGAAAGAGCUCAGCGAACGCCGGUGCAUGUAGUGAGGAGGAUGAAGCUUUCGACAUGUGAGGUUACGCAAAAUCCACCUUUCCUUUUUUUUGGUGAUGUUAUCUUUCUAUCGGCAUGAAGGCCCGGCAGUGAGCAGUCACAUGAUUACGUACUUUGCGUGGGGAGCCCUGCUCUUCCUCGUGGACCCAGUUGACGCCACAUGCUCCCGCGCAGCUGCUGCAGAUGCUGCAGAUGCUGCAGAUGCUGCAGAUGCUGCAGAUGCUGCAGCUGCUGCAGAUGCUGCAGAUGCUGCGGAUACUGCAGAUGCUGCAGAUGCUGCAGAUGCUGCAGAUGCUGCAGUACAGUGUUAGCUAGAACUGUGAAUGACUCAUUUUCUAUGACGCAGCAAACUGGUUCGUCAGGACUCACAAUUCUGCGGUUCAGCAAUGCCCAAUACGAACUCUGCCUUUAGGUUUUUAAAGAAAAUAGACAAAAAUGACGUCUAGAUGUUCAAUUGUUUUCACAGUUUUUUUUUUUUCCCCGUCCUUCAAGUUCUCAGGAUUUCACUUGUUCCAUUGUAAGUUUCUAAAACAGUGUUUGGAUCUUCACACGACUUUAAAACUCACAAUUACAGGUUUUAAGUGACUCAUUUCUGGACCUGACCUGCAAACGACGUCCCAGAAGCAGGUUGCCACACCUGUAAAUGAUUAGGCCUCGCUAGAAAGGAAGCUAGGAAGAGAUGUGGCAUUUAAUAGCCAUCAUUUUAUGGACUUAAAGGUCCAGCGUUCGUAGUGACGAACAGUAAUCCAACGUGAAACCAUCGUGAAAUGGACGGACAUCUGAUCUGAGAUAAUAAUAACAGAAGAAAUCACCUGUUCAGGAGAAGCUACAUCAAUGAAAGCCAAGUCGUGGCUAGUAAACAACAUAUUUGAUGAAUCUCCCUUUUCCCAUUUUUACUGACUGGAUGAAAACGCCAGCAUUUAUUUAACAGACGUGCUUUACACAGCGGUUAGGAGAGGGGACUGAUCCUCAUAUCUGAGCCGGGGGGCCGGGGCGGUCGUAGAAACGGCUGCGGCAGUGUGAAGGAGCCAUCUCCACGUAAUGUGGAUUUUGUUGCAUCAAAACCACAAUCACUGGAAAUGAAAAAGAAAUCUGAAGAGGUAAAUUGAGGCUCUGUCUGACCCAGUCCGUCUGUAGAAGUCUAUGGAUCCAGUACCAGGGUCCAGUCUGGGUUCCUCAGAACUGCAGGGAACCGUGAAGGCUUCUAUGGAGGAGGUGUAAUAACUGAAAGGGUUACUACGCCUCCAGGAGACCAGGUAACCAGCACAGGGCCCAUCAUCAGCUCCUGAAUCUGCAUCCAUCCAUCCCUUUCUGCACCCUGUGGCCAGAGAUGAGACUGCUUUUAAUAACAUUUCUGCUUAGAGCAUCAGUUGUUCAUGUGAUGGACGGUUAUGAAGAUAAACCUGUAGACCAAAAGCUUAUUUUUCAGAUUUCUGCUUCCUCAUCUCCUUCCGCCCAUAACCUAGAAAUCAGUCCCAGCACAGCAUUUCCAAGCAGCUCUCAAAUCCUAUAAGGCACCUACAGUUGAGAGGAGGAAGGAGGCGGAUACAGCAAAGUACUUUCUUCUCCGGUUCGAUGGUGUAGUUGUUCUACACUUCCCAUUUAAUGUUGGGUUAACAACGUCUGAAUUUGUCCUGCCGCUGUGAGCUCAACUCUCUCCUGGGUCUCUGCCUCCGUCUUUGCUGGAAAGGGCUAAGAUGCAAUUAGUGGAGUCAACAAUGUGCAAAUUAGGAGCCCAAGUAAGGUCAAAGUCUAUUUUUGUAACAGUUUUUUUUUUCUUUCUUAUGUCCCCAGUGACUAGUUAGGUAUUCUCAGGUGUCCCUGCUAGUGGCCAUUGAAGGAGUCGGAUGCCUCUAGGGAUGGAGUUUAAAAGCAAGUCCACCUCUGGCCCAGGAGAAAACACAAGUGCUUUUUGUUUUUCAAAUCUCAGAGACACAAAGCAGCAUCCAUGAGAUAUCAGUAUUCACCUAUUUUUUUGUU